AUGAACAUCAGGAUUGCAGGGCGGAGCAGUCAAGAGCGAGCAAUCACCACACUACCCCGCGCAUUAUCCUUAUCACCUUGUGAUAUAUUCCCUUUUGCUAUUGCUAGUUUUCCCUUGAUUAGUUCGGGGAUGGAGAGGGAGAAUAUUUUGGGGAAUCUAAGGGAUGAUUUGACUUGGGUGGAUGGCAUGGUCUGGUAUGGCAUUGGUAUGGUGGUGUAUACUUGUUCUUUUCUCUUACCACGAUUGUGUAUUUAUCAACCUUGGUGGUGUGGUCUCUUUUCCUUAACCCCGCCCACAAUUCUUGGAUACAGAUUUGGGCUUAGCUUAGUGCGGUCUGAUCUCAUCCUGCUGGUUCUGGGUUCUCUUAGGAGCAGUGUAUUUCGGCGGACAACCUCGGUUUUUGAGGAUGUUGGCUGGAUAUGUGGCCUAGGAUUGUUUGGACAAGGUUUGGAUCGAUCGGCUUUGCUGGGCCUGGGUGUAGAUAGCCUGCAAUCAUAUGGGCCUAGAAUUUCAUGGAUUUGUCACACAUGUGGCUUCGGGACGGGGCUUAUGAGAUGUAGGGGAAGUGUAGGAGAUGUAGAGGAACUAUGGCAUGAAUGCUCUGUUUUCAGGGAUUUGCACCAGGGUAUCUGGGAUCUGUGUUGUCACCUUGCAUAUGCUAAAUCCGUUGUCCAAAAUUUCCGAGAGCACGAGCUUCUUUGGUGGGUGGGUGCACGACAGGAGGUUGAGGGCGUCUUACAGCUUGGUUGCGGUGGGUUGCACCAAGGCUGGAGUCUCAGCGACAGUAGGGAGUCAGUAGAGAGUGAGGGGAAGUCAUAG